AUGGCAAAUCAAGAUAAUGAGAUUGCUUCCAACAAUGGUAUUUCCAAUAAUCAGAAUGAUCCUCCACUUUCAAUCCCCUUUGAACAAGCCAAAGAUCUUGUUCCGACUUUGAGUACCAGUGAACUUCAGCAAUUGAGACAUCACAUUCAAGCAGAGAUUGAUCAUCGCCAUCAAGAGAUAAUUCGUCAGCAGGAAGAAGAAGAGAAGAGACGAAGCGAGGAAAAGGAAAAGUAUGAUCGCAAGUUUACUGCAUGGAAGCCCAAGUUUUUGGCAUAUGAUCAUAGGAAGGGAGAGGAAUGGAUAGAGAAACAUUCAGGAUGUAAAGGAUAUGGGAGUGCAACAGAUGAGGAUUCCGAGGAGUCAGAAAAAGGGAUGGAGUAUGAUUUUGAGGAGGUGAACACCAGCGAUCUGGACUCUGAUGCUGCAGCAGAUAAAGCAAGGAUGGAUGAAUAUAAUGACAGGAAAUUGAAGGGGAGAUUUGAGUUUGAACUUGAUAGUGAGGAGACCCUAGAGGAUGAGAUCGAUGAGGAUCAGGAUGGAAGUGAUGCUGAUGAUGUUGAGAGUACUCCAUCGUCUGUCGACACAUCUCCUGCACCUUCUGAAAGUGCUGAUGAGUGGUUCCGAGAAGAGGAGGAUUGGGAUUCUGAUGAAGAUGACUAUUAG